UUCGUUAAGAAAAUGGACGAAAAUUUGAACGUUAGAAACGCGUAAGAAAAUCUUUGGACGCCGAAACUUGUGCGAACAUUUGGAGGCUGACUCUUAGCUCUGUAACUUUCACGAUUCCCACCAUCCCAUCUUCACCUGCGACCGGCUCCACCCGGUUCUUAAACGUCUUGCAGAUCAAACUUAUUAAAAUAAGAAGAAAUUAAACUUAAAGUGGGUUGUAAGAUGUACGAUACUAAGAUUCAACCUUCUUAAAAAAGAAAAAAGAGAAAAAGAGAUGCAAGAUUCAACUGGCUUAGCGAGUUACCGGUAAUGGGACGUUUGAGUAGGCUCGAAAGUUCCAAAAACAGAGAUGUGAUUUGUUUUCCGGGCGACCCUCUGGUACCCUACCGGUCAGUAGCAUCUUUCUUUCUUUCUUACAUAGUAAGGAGCUUCAGAUAAUAACGUCUCUUCCUCUCUCGCUCUCUCUCAUUGUUUGAUUAUGUAAAACACCACCAAAUCUCGAAGGAUUUUGUUUUGCCUUGCCUUGCUCUGCGCACAUCCGUAAACCCAAGAGUUCAUCAAUGGCUCAUCCUGGGCUCUCCCGGUUUUGUCUGUUUUCUUUGGUCCACAUUGCUCUGCUUCCAAUCUUAUGUUUUGCUGCUGACCCCUAUGUCUUCUAUGACCUUCAUGUCUCUUACCUCACUGCCUCCCCUCUUGGCGUUCCUCAACAGGUUAUAGCAGUAAAUGAGAGAUUCCCAGGCCCUGUAAUCAAUUCUACUACUAAUAACAAUGUUGUUGUCAAUGUAUGGAAUGAUUUGGAUGAGGAACUCCUAAUGACCUGGUCUGGAAUUCAAAUGCGGCGAAAUUCAUGGCAGGAUGGUGUUCUUGGCACAAAUUGUCCCAUUCAUCCCAAAAAGAAUUGGACUUAUCAGUUUCAAGUAAAGGAUCAAAUUGGGAGCUUUUUCUACUUCCCAUCUCUCAAGUUUCAGAGAGCAUCUGGUGGCUUUGGUCCUUUCAUUAUUAAUAAUAGGAAUAUAAUCCCGAUUCCUUUUGCACAGCCAGAUGGCGAUAUCGUCAUUAUGAUUGGUGACUGGUAUACCCGGAACCAUAAGGCAUUGCGGUCGGCCCUUGAUGCUGGACAAGACCUUGGGAUGCCUGAUGGAGUAAUCAUCAAUGGAAAGGGACCUUAUCGGUACAAUACCACUCUUGUACCUGAUGGCAUUGAAUAUGAAACCAUUGGUGUCGAUCAGGGCAAAACAUAUCGACUUCGUGUGCACAACGUUGGAACUUCAACUAGUUUGAACUUUAGAAUCCAAAACCACUUUCUGAUUCUUGCAGAAACAGAGGGACAUUAUACAGUGCAGCAAAACUUUACAGACGUAGAUAUUCAUGUUGGUCAAUCUUAUUCUUUCUUGGUCACCAUGGAUCAGAAUGCAAGUUCUGAUUACUAUGUCGUUGCAAGUGCUAGGUUUGUGAAUGAAUCACUUUGGCAGAGAGUGACCGGUGUUGCCAUUUUACACUAUUCCAAUUCUAAAGGACCAGCAACAGGUCCUCUACCUGAUCCACCAAAUGAUACUUAUGACAAGUCAAGGCCACUAAACCAGGCAGUAAGCAUCAGGCAAAAUGUAUCUGCAAGUGGAGCUCGCCCUAAUCCACAGGGAUCUUUUCACUAUGGUUCAAUUAAUGUGACGGAGACAUAUGUGAUAAAGAUUGUGCCGCCAGUACAGAUCAAUGGGACACUUCGAGCUACGCUCAAUGGGAUCUCAUUUGUCAAUCCUAAAACACCAAUCAGGCUUGCUGAUCAGUAUAAAGUGAAGGGAGAAUAUAAGCUUGAUUUCCCCAGCAGGCCACUUAACAGAACCCCUCGGAUAGACAGAUCUGUUAUUAAUGCGACUUAUAAGGGGUUCAUAGAAGUAAUCUUCCAAAACAAUGACACCGUGAUGCAGAGUUUUCAUAUGGAUGGAUAUUCCUUUUUUGUAAUUGGGAUGGAUUUUGGUGAUUGGACAGAAGCAAGUAGAAAUAGAUAUAAUAAGUGGGAUGCAAUUUCUCGCUGCACUACUCAGGUUUUCCCUGGGGGUUGGACGGCAGUCCUUGUCUCUCUUGACAAUGUUGGAACAUGGAACAUCAGAGCAGAAAAUCUUGAUAGAUGGUAUCUAGGGCAAGAAACUUAUAUGAAAAUUGUCAAUCCUGAGGAAAAUGGUGAAACGGAGAUGGCUGCACCUGGGAAUGUCUUAUACUGCGGCGUACUCCAGCAAUUAUCAAAGGAUCAGACCAACUCUGCAGUAUCACUUCCAAGGGGAAGCUCAAAGCUAUCUUUCUGUCUGGUGGUGGCAUUUUUUGCUAUGAUCACCCUUUUUAGCUAAGCUUUGCUGCUGCAUCGGUAAGUUCUGCCAUUACAGGAAGUUACGGCUUGUUCCAGGUCGGACAUUACUGUUGAGUUUGCAAGACAUAGUUAGUUUAGGUGCCCAUAAUGGUUUUUGUCAGUACAUUAUCUUUGGUUCAAAUGACACUUGAUUCCUUUCUUCCAUGAUUCCUUGUACUUCAUAAAGUUACACUGACUAUGAUUGAUUCAUACUUGAUAGCAUCCGACUUUUUUCUUA